CUAUCUCCUACAUAAAAUUUCAGAACUAGGAAAUCUCAGCUGCCCAAAGCAACCCAAAUGAGUGUUCUUCAGCCCUUGAGCCUCCAAUCUUGACUCUUGUUGACAUUUGUACACCUUCCAGAGUUUGGCAGCAGGGGGGCCAUUGCUCUCAGACAUUAGUAAUUCACACUGUGCCGUGGAUGAGGACCUAAAACCACUUUGUCGAGUGGGAGUGGGGUGUAGAGGUGACAGAAACAGUGUGAAGCCUCCCCAGUACUUUGAUUUCAAAUCCUGUGGCUUGAUACAAUGAGCCAGGCUACCGCCGAUUUACUCUGGGACCUAAAUCGGUCCCUUCCACUAGCUGGGCCUCAAUUGUCCCAGCUGAGCGUUUUCUACAGUGUGUGUGAUAGCAGUCUCAUAAAUAUAAGCAUUCAUGCUUGUCAAAGGGUCUGAGACCGAGGUAAAGAUACCUGAAUAAAUUUGUGUUCUAGGAUGCAUUUGACUUGGGCAACUAUUUGUUUAAUUACUGACUGUGAUCCUGAAGAGAAACCGUGAAGAAAAGCCGGAUUAUUUGAUUUUUAAGGUCCUUUCUGGCUAUGCUGUUCCUCGGACCUAUGAGAGUGCAGGUACCCAAAACACAGGGCUGGGUCACCAGGAAGGUUAACCCUUGCAUCUCCUCUCCCAGGGAGACACAGCGGCCAAGUGUGACUACUCAGACUCCCUGAGAUGAAGCCCUAAGAGUCAGCGGCUUCUCAGCGACAAUCAGAUACUCGGCUGCCUGCCGGGUCCCUCGCCUGCUGAUAUUUGGGCUGGGUAAACAAUUCGGCCCAGGUCUUACCUCAUUAAAGACCCGUGUUACCUGUUUCUCAGGCUGAGAACGCUCUAGUAGUUCUACAGGGGCUGGACAAGGCUGGGAUCUGAUCCCAGCGGCGGGAAAGGCCAUCAUUAACCCUUUGCUUUCCUGUCUCCCUUCUUAGCCUUGCCGCUUCUAAGGAGGCCGAAGCCGCCCGCUCCGCGCCCAAGCCUAUGUCACCCUCGGAUUUCCUGGAUAAGCUGAUGGGGAGAACCUCUGGAUAUGAUGCCAGGAUCAGGCCCAAUUUUAAAGGUCCCCCCGUGAACGUGAGCUGCAACAUUUUCAUCAACAGCUUUGGUUCCAUUGCCGAGACAACCAUGGACUAUAGGGUCAACAUCUUCCUGAGGCAGCAGUGGAACGACCCCCGUCUGGCCUAUAACGAAUACCCUGAUGACUCUCUGGACCUGGACCCAUCCAUGUUAGAUUCCAUCUGGAAACCCGACCUGUUCUUCGCCAAUGAGAAGGGCGCCCACUUCCACGAGAUCACCACGGACAACAAACUGCUGAGGAUCUCCCGGAAUGGGAACGUCCUCUACAGCAUCAGAAUCACACUGACACUGGCCUGCCCCAUGGACUUGAAGAACUUCCCCAUGGACGUCCAGACGUGUAUCAUGCAACUGGAAAGCUUUGGAUACACCAUGAACGACCUCAUCUUUGAGUGGCAGGAGCAGGGAGCAGUGCAGGUGGCAGAUGGUCUAACCCUGCCUCAGUUUAUCCUGAAGGAAGAGAAGGAUUUGAGAUACUGCACCAAGCAUUACAACACAGGUAAAUUCACCUGCAUUGAGGCCCGGUUCCACCUGGAGCGGCAGAUGGGCUACUACCUGAUCCAGAUGUAUAUCCCCAGCCUGCUCAUUGUCAUCCUCUCGUGGAUCUCCUUCUGGAUCAACAUGGAUGCUGCACCAGCCCGUGUGGGCCUGGGCAUCACCACUGUGCUCACCAUGACCACCCAGAGCUCUGGCUCACGAGCUUCUCUGCCCAAGGUGUCCUAUGUGAAGGCCAUCGACAUUUGGAUGGCAGUGUGCCUGCUCUUCGUGUUCUCGGCCCUGCUGGAAUACGCCGCCGUCAACUUUGUGUCUCGACAACACAAAGAGCUGCUCCGAUUCAGGAGGAAGCGGAGACAUCACAAGAGCCCCAUGUUGAAUCUGUUCCAGGAGGACGAGGCCGGAGAGGGCCGCUUCAACUUCUCCGCCUACGGGAUGGGCCCAGCCUGUCUGCAGGCCAAGGACGGCAUCUCGGUCAAGGGCACCAACAACACCACCACCAACCCCCCUCCCGCGCCGUCCAAGUCCCCGGAGGAAAUGCGAAAACUCUUCAUCCAGAGGGCCAAGAAGAUCGACAAAAUAUCCCGCAUUGGCUUCCCCAUGGCCUUCCUCAUCUUCAACAUGUUCUACUGGAUCAUCUACAAGAUUGUCCGUAGAGAGGAUGUCCACAACCAGUGAAGGGUCUGGAGUGCGGCGGGGGGAGGCUGGGCGCGGGCGGCAUGGGAAUAGCACAGGAAUCUGAGAGACCAAGGGAGAGAAGGGGAAGAGAGGAGGGAGGAGGCACACUUGCACAACUCUUUUUCUCUGCAACAUGUGCAAUAGCAAAAUGCAGUGAUGCAUGGAUUUCAGAAUGUGGCACUAUCUAUUUAACCUCGGGUGAGCUGGUGGGGG